GCAGCCAUUUUGUCUGUUCGGGCAAGUCUACCCUGACUGUUGCGAACUGCAGUUCCACCUUAGCAAACAAAUUAAAAUGUUGCUGUUUUGGCGUGUUUGUUUCACCGAAAUUAUACUCUAGGUCUAUAAUAAAAAUCAUACUUCUCUGCCGAGGACUGAGGAGGCCUCUCUAAUUCAAGAAAAGACCGCAUUUCAGCGGGGAAACGCGGAUAAGCCGAGCCAUGUCGUGUGAAGAAAGCUACUUGGCUAUCCUACGCUAUCUGACAGAUGAACGGGAACCUUAUGCGCCGGGGACCUCCGGUAAUACCAAGAGAAAAAUACGGAAAGCGGCGGCCUGCUACGUGGUGAGGAACGGGACUCUGUUUUACCAGCGACGGCAGAAAGGCCAGAAUGAUUUCACCGAGCUGGAGGUGGUGCUGCAGGACUGCCGGAGGAGGGAACUUAUCAACCAGGCGCACAUUAUAGAGGGAGGGGAGCACCUCAACCAGCAGCUCACCUGGGAAAUUAUCUCUCAGAAGUACUGGUGGAGAGGGAUCCUGAAGAACGUGAAAGACCACAUCAGAGAAUGCGCCCAGUGUCAGAGCAAGCGCAGCGCGGACGACGGCUCUGGGCCGCGGCCGUUCUCACGGCAAGGGAAGCGGAAGUUCGGGCCCAUGGAUGACGAGGACGAGGAGGAGGAGGAGGACGGAGAGGACAUUUUGUUCUCGGCAGACCUGUCCUCCCAGAGACCCAAGUUAGCCAAAGGGACGACGAAACACGAAGUGGUUUACGUGAACAGCAAAGGAGAGGUGAACCAGUUCCUGCCCAAACACAGCCAGACCAUGCUGGACAAACUGAACCAGCAGCGCAUCAGCAACCAGUUCUGUGACAUCACGCUGCUGAUCGAAGGGGAGGAGCACCGCGCCCACAAGGCCGUGCUGGCCGCCUGCAGCGAGUACUUCAACGAGCUCUUCUUCGAGAAGGGCGCCGUGACGACACAUGAGGCCGUGGUGGACCUCUCUGGUUUCGCUAAGGCUAGCUUCCUCCCGCUGCUGGACUUUGCAUACACCUCUGUGCUGACCUUUAACUUCUGCGUGAUGGCCGACAUCGCCAACCUCGCCCGGCACCUGCUGAUGACGGAGGUGCUGCAGAUAUGCGAGUCGGUGCACAAGCAGGUGGAGGAGCAGAAGCUGACGGUGUACCAGAAAGGAGACGUGCACACGGUGGUGGCGGGCAGCCUGGCGACUGAAGACGCCAAGGUGGAGCCAGACGCCUACAUGGUGACCAUAGAGGACGACGGCAGCACCGUGGUAACGCAUGGUGCCUGCAUCCAGCAGCCGGUGACGGUCCUGACCCACGCAGUGGCGGGAGACGGCGUAGAGGCCGGGCAGAGCGAGACCGUGGCGCUGAUCGCUCAUGGCGGGGAGGGGGAGCACAGCGACACCCUCACGCUCAUAUCGGGAUGCGGCGAUGGACUGGAGGGCGAGACCAUGACGGUGGUGACGCACAGCGGCCAGGCGGGAGCCAGCGACUCGCUCGCCGUGGUGUCGGCCUGCCUGGCCAUGGAGCAGCCGCAGGUGGUCGAGGCCGGCGCCUUCGUCCUGGACGUGGACGCCGACAGACACGCCCCCUCAGAGGAAGUGGUGCUGGAGUCGGAGGCGGCCGCUCCGACCGAGGCUCAGAAAGAGGAGACGCUUCCCGUCCCUCAGAAACGCAAGCGGGGCCGUCCGCCCAAGGUGAAGCGGGAGGUGGAGGUGGAGGGGUGGAUACCACCGGAGGAGGAUCCCGCAGAGGAAGAGCACGGCGACAAGCAGGAGGCGACCCUGGACGACCUCAGCGGCAGACGACUGCGGCAGCGCUACAUGGCCGAGGGCGGCUACGCCCGGCUACACAUGGGCCUGGAGGAGGAAGAGGAGGCGAAGAGUGUAACUCCGCCCCCAGCCACGCCCCCAAAGGUGGGUCCGAGGAAGAGAGGAAGACCUCCAAAGAGGCCGGUGGAGCCUAAGUUUGAUGGCGAGCCAGACGCCGUCGCGGAGGAGAGCGCCGCGGAGAGCGUGACGGUCGGAGAGCUCCGACCUGACGAGGUGGCGGCGAAGACGGCGGAGCCAGAGGCAGAGGCCAAGCAGCAAGACGGCGCACCGCAGAGCACCGGCAGCGAAGAGCACACCUGCUCCGAGUGCGGCAUGUCCUUCCACAGGCGCUACUCUCUCAUCAUGCACACACUGAAACACGAGAAGGCCCGCGCUUACAAGUGCAGCCUCUGCAGUAAGGAGUUCCAGUACGCCGCCUCGCUCCAGGCUCACCUGGCCCGACACAAGCAGCAGAGAAGCCAGCGGGCGUCGUCCGUCCCCAAAGCCCUGGCGGAGCCGGGCCCCGCGGAGCGAGCAGAGAGCGAGCUGGACGACAAGUCGGCGGCGGCGGCCUACACCCGCCGGGAGUUUGUGUGCGACAUCUGCGGGAAGACGCUGCCGAAGCUGUACUCGCUGCGGAUCCACAUGCUGACCCACACGGGCGUGCGGCCGCACACCUGCAAGGUGUGUGGCAAGACGUUCGCCCACAAGCACAGCCUGAAGAUGCACCGCGUGCUGCACGACGUCACCAAGCAGUUCCAGUGCGAGUACUGCAAGAAGACGUUCGUCAGCAAGAGGAGCAUGGAGGAGCACACCAGCCUGCACACAGGUGAGUCAAAGUACCUGUGCAACACCUGCGGCGCCACCUUCCACCGAGCCUCGGCUCUGAGCAAGCACUUGAAGAAGCACCAGCCCAAACCGGAAGUGCGUCCGUUCUCUUGUUCUCACUGUGAGAAGAGUUUCUAUGAAGCGAAGGAUCUCCAGCAGCACAUGAACAAGCACAUGGGCCUGAAGCCCUUCCAGUGCCAGGUGUGUGGGAAGUGCUACAGCUGGAAGAAGGACUGGUACUCACACGUCAAGUCCCACAGCGUGUCGGAGCCCUUCAAGUGUAACGUGUGCGGGAAGGAGUUCUUCGAGAAGGCUCUGUUCAGGAGACACGUGAAGAAAGCCACGCACGGCAAGAAGGGCCGGGUGAAGCAGAACCUGGAGCGGGAGUGUCAGCAGUGUGGCAGGAAGUUCACUCAGCUCAGAGAGUACCGGCGCCACAUCAACAACCACCAGGGAGUGAAGCCGUUUGAAUGUCUGACCUGCGGCGUGGCCUGGGCUGACGCCCGCUCUCUCAAACGCCACGUCCGGACUCACACGGGCGAGCGGCCGUACGUGUGCCCGAUGUGCCAGGAGGCGCACAUCGACGCGCGCACGCUGCGCAAGCACAUGGCCAAGUACCACGUGGACAGCCUUCCAGGGAAGAUCAUGCUGGAGAAGGACACCCUGCAGUUCCACAACCAGGGCACCCAGGUGGAGCACGCCGUCAGCAUCCUGGCCUCCGACCUGCCGCCGGAGCUCAGGCCCGCCCACCAGACCGCCACCGAGGAGCUGGAGACGGUGCUGAUCACCGAGGAGACGGUGGAGGCCGUGGAGGCGGUGCAGGCCGCGCAGGCCGCCAACGAAGGCUCGAUGGCGACGCUGUCGGAUCAGGGCAUCAUGCAGGUGGUGAACUACGUCCUGGCCCAGCAGGCCAUGUCCGGGGUCAAGGAGGAGGCGUCGGAGGAGAUUCACACCAUGGAGGUGGAGGUGGCUCACGUAGCCGAGGUGGAGUAACUUUUCACCGAGCCACAUUCUGGACUCGACUACAAACUUGAGCAGGUGUUUGUUCAGUUUGUAUGACGUGUAAAAAAACCAGAGAUUCUGUCUAAAACAGUGUAAAAGAGGAUUAUUUUUCUGUGACUGUACAUUAAUGUAAAGUAAUCUGUGUGUGACUGUGUGUUUUCUGUAAAUGGCCUAACUAAAACAAAACAUGAUCAGACAGCAUAACCUGUAUGAAUCAGAUUCUCAGGAUAAAUAAAAGUAGAAAAAAGUU